UUUCCUAGGCAACGGCAGCGGGUAGCAGUGUACACACCAGGCCCAGGGCGAGAGACUAGCGCCGCUCCUACCGCUGCUAGAAAGGACUGGGAGCUCGGCCCGGCUUCGGAUUGCUCCGGACUCCAUCCUCUUCUGGGCGAAGUGAAAGAUGAUUGAAUAUGAAAACGUAAGCCAAGAAGACAUAAUUAAAGAACUGUGUUUAUGCAAUGGUUUAUCUUACGAAGUGGUUGGACAAGAAGGAUCUAAUGCUUCAAAACUGGAGAUGUUUUUCUCAGGUUAUCCUCGCAUAGUCGGAUUGUCAUUAUUUCCUAAUUUAACAAGUCUCACAAUUGUUGCUCAAGAUAUAAAAGAAAUUUCAGGGCUACAGUCUUGUUUACAACUUAAAGAACUUUGGAUCGCUGAAUGCUGCUUAGAUACAAUUAAAGGUCUUCAAGAAUGUAAACAGUUGGAAAAACUGUAUUUAUAUUGUAAUAAAAUUUCCAGAAUAGAAAAUUUAGAGAAAUUGCUCAAAUUGGAAGUUGUUUGGCUGAACCACAAUAUAAUUAAAAAUAUUGAGGGCUUGAAUACUUUGAAGAAUUUAAAAGAUCUCAAUCUUGCUGGAAAUCUAAUAAAUAGCAUUGGUCGAUGUCUUGAUCACAAUGAACAGCUAGAAAGCUUAAAUCUUUCUGGUAACCAAAUACGUUCUUUUAAGGACCUCACUAACUUAACCAGAUUGAGCUGCUUAAAGGAUUUAUGUCUGAAUGACCCUCAAUAUAAAAGCAAUCCAGUUUGUCUUCUAUUCAAUUAUUCCAUACAUGUAUUAUAUCAUUUGCCUUCUCUUCAAAGACUCGACACAUUUGAUGUAUCUGCAAAGCAGAUCAAGGAACUGGCUGAUAUGACAGUAAUGAAAAAAACAAUGUAUUAUAAUAUGCGUUUGAAAACUAUUCAGCGACAUCUUGACGAAGACCUUGAAAAGUUAAAUAAUCGAAAAGUCAAAUUAAGGAAGUUGCCAGAAGAGCGAAUAAAAUUAUUCAGCUUUGUGAAAAAAAAUUUGGAGCGAGAACUGACUGAACUCAAGAAACUUGGCUAUUGGAACAAUAAUAGAUUCAGUAAUAGUAAGGUAUUUGAACCUGAAAAAUCAAAGAAUUGUGAAAUUGACACUGAAGAUACAAGGCUUCAGAAGAAGAUACUGACGAAACUAAAUGCCUUGAAUGAAAGGAUAACAUUCUGGAACAAAAAACUAGAUGAAAUUGAAGCAGUUUAUCAUAUGGAAGUAAAGCAAAAGAAGAAAAGUCAUGGCUUAUUGAUCUCAUUUUUAUUAAUUGAGUUGGAGAGUGUGGGAAAUAUCCACUUUGAGGAAGGUACUCGUUCUGAUGACUGGUUUAAUUCCUGUUACGAAUUAAUUUUGUCACGUUUUUGUACAUGGGACUUCAAAACAUAUGGUAUUAUGGGAGUAAAAGUAAAACGCAUCAUUAAAAUUAACAACCGUAUUCUGAGACUAAAAUUUGAAGAGAAAUUUCAAAAAUUUUUGGACAAUGAAGAUAUACAUCAUUCAGAGAACUGUGAAAAGAUGCUGGAAUGCCUUUUUUAUGUUUUUGAUCCUGAGAGUACAGUGAAGAAAAAACACCUACUACAAAUACUUGAAAAAGGAUUCAAAGACAGUGAAACAACCAAGAUUUUUCACAAAAAUGAAGCUGUUAUUCUUACUAAUAGUCUCGGUAUAUGUGAGUGUCCCAGAAUUGAAUUUUUGAGGCAGAAGCAAAAGGAUGAAAAUAAAAAUUCUUUUGAUCAUGAGGAUUUCAGACAUGGCAUCCUCCUCAUUACGAAGGUUUUCCUUGGCCAUUGUGUUCAGGCGUAUGAACAGGACUCAAUCAGUAAAGAAAACUAUCCAAUGGUUAAUUCAGUAUUCCUUCCUCGAAAAAUUUUACUAAAUUCUGUCGUGGGACAUGGGAAAUGUGACUGUAGCAUUCGGCACUGCAAGUGGUUUGUCUUUGAUCAUGACCUUGUUUUACCAGAAUAUGUUGUGGAAUUUGAGUAUCUUACAAUGGUCAAGUCUCUCUCUUUAUUUUCCUCAUUCAACAAUAUAAUUUCAGAAGAAUGCAAAACAAAUUUAGGAGAAACAGUGUCCCAAGAUUUGAAAUUUGAUGAUGAAGUGAUAAGAAUGGAUCCCAAGAUUAAGUCCAGACCAAAACUUGUUAGUUUGAAUGACAAAGCAAUAUAUUCCCUUGCCAAGACUAGCAGUUUCAAUCAUAUUGUGUCUCUGAAUCUACAUGGAAACAGUUUGAGUAAGUUGAGAGACCUCUCCAAGUUGACAGGACUUCGAAAACUUAAUAUAAGCUUUAAUGAAUUUACUUGUUUAGAUGAAGUAUACCACUUGUACAACCUUGAAUAUUUGGAUGCAAGUCAUAAUCAUGUGAUAACUCUCGAGGGAUUUAGAGGUCUUAUGAAACUGAAGUAUUUAGACUUGAGCUGGAAUCAACUAAAAAAGUCUGGUGAGGAAAUAAAUGUACUAUGCAAACAAACCACAAACCUCCUCUCCCUUGAUAUUCGACAUAAUCCAUGGCAAAAGCCAGAUACAUUAAGGCUGAGUGUUAUUAGCAGAUUAAAGACUCUUACUCAUUUAGAUGGACUCCUCAUUUCUGAAGAAGAAGCAACAGCAGCUGCAAAAUUUAUUUCUGGAACAAAGAUUACUCAGCAUUCUAGUACAAAAGAGGAAAAGCCCCGGACACUUAGUAUAUGGCCUGUUGCCAGAAUUCUGACACAGAUUUCAAAGACAGUACCACAUUUACAUAUGCUUGCAAACUGGCACUUGAAGAUAACUGCCUUAAAUUUUGAUGGGCAAAAUCUCUUUGAAAUCACAAAUUUAGAAAGAUUGGAAAAUUUGAAAUGGGCAUCAUUCAGUAAUAAUAAUCUCACAAAAAUGGAAGGCUUUGAAUCUUGUAUUAACUUGGAAGAGCUGACACUAGAUGGAAAUUGCAUAUCCAAGAUAGAAGGUCUUUCCAAGCUGACUAAAUUAACGCGCCUAAGCAUGAAUAAUAAUCUCCUCACUGGUUUGGAAAAAAAUAUGUUUGAUAACAUGCUUCAUCUUCAUUCCCUUUCUCUUGAAAACAAUAAAAUUGCUUCACUGAGUGGUUUACAAAAUGUUAUUACUCUAACUGAAUUAUAUGUAAGCAAUAACUAUAUUGCUGUCAAUCAGGAGAUCUACAAUUUAAAGACCUUAUGCAACCUGGUCAUUCUGGAUAUUUUUGGAAACGUUAUUGUAUGGAAUCAAGAAAACUAUCGGUUGUUUGUCAUAUUUCAUCUAACAGAACUGAAAGCACUGGAUGGAAUGUCAAUUGAAUCAUCAGAAAUCGAGUGUGCAAAAGAUUUGUUUGGUGGCCGACUUACUUCUGACAUGAUUGCAGAACGACAAGGGCAUUCAGACUUCUCUCAAAUGCAGGAACUAAAUUGGACUUCAUCGUCCAUCAGAACUGUGGAUUUGAUUCCAGUUGACCAAUUUAGAAAUGUGUGUAAUGUGAAUCUACAGAACAAUAACCUCACUUCAUUCAGUGGAUUAAUCUAUCUUCCCAGGGUGAAGGUCUUAUGCCUCAAUUAUAAUCACAUUGAAUCAAUUAUACCUAGACUGAAGCCCCAAACUCAUUUGACCAACAGACAACUACUCUACCAGAAAGUAUCUUCAAGUGGUUAUGGACUACAGACAGCUUCAAAAGUGACUAGAGAUACAGUGAACAGUGAAAAUUUGCCUACAAUAAUGCACAGUUUAGAAGUUCUUCAUUUGGGUUACAAUGGAAUUUGUAAUUUACUUCAACUCCAACUUAACAGACUAAGAAAUUUAAAAUUUCUAUUUCUACAAGGGAAUGAAAUCAGUCAAGUUGAAGGACUUGACAACUUAGUACAACUUCAGGAAUUGGUAGUGGAUCAUAAUCGCAUCAAAGCAUUUAAUGACAGUGCCUUUGCCAAGCCAAGCUCUCUGUUGUCACUUCACCUAGAAGAAAAUAGACUACGGGAGCUAAACAGAUUGCAACCUUUGGUAAAACUAGAGAAGCUUUUCCUAGGAUAUAAUAAAAUACAGGAUAUAGCAGAACUGGAAAAACUCGAUGCUAUCCCUUCUCUCAAAGAGCUUACAGUUUGUGGCAAUCCAAUUUGUAGAAAAAUAGUCCAUCGCCACACGAUCAUAUUUCGACUACCCAAUUUGCAGCUGUUAGAUGGAAUUCCUGUUAAUUCAGAUGAUAGAACAAAGGCUGAAUUUCACUUCUCUGAAAUCCAAGCAAAGAAAAAUUUGUUUACUCCUGUCAACAACUCUCCAGUGGAUAGUGGAUCAUUUGGCCAAGUGAAAGGUCCUCCCUUGAAAAUAACAAGUGUAAUUCUGCCUGGUGGAUUUAGCCAUUACAUGGGAUCAGACAUCACUUUAGCUACUGAAACUGAAGACAAAAAGAGCAAAAAUUCAGGGAUUCUGAUAGAUAGUCCUCAGAGCAUCGAUGCAGAAAUGCCUUUUCGACAAUUCAGAGGGAUCCAUUUUUCUCCACCUCUCUUAUCGCAUCCAAAUAUGACUUCUCCAGCUACACCCAUGUACCAGAGAAAUGAAGAUGAGGGAAGUGCAUAACGUCUUCAGAAACCGAAACGGUUGCCGCGCCCGGGCCACUUGGGGGUCCCGACUGCCGGAGCAGCCGUGCCGCGGGAGGAAACCGAGGAGCCCCGACGCCCACAAAAUGGCUCCAAG